UGACAUUUGACAACUCAUUCUGCUGGCAGUUUGGCUUUUUGCCUUAUUCUUAACGGUGUCAUUCAACCUUUCUAGCACCGUCUGCUUCGUAAUUUUCAAGUUUGUUAUUACCUCACAGCAUUUUCAGAUUCCCUUGUGAAUAAAACUUACAGAAUUACAGUAAGAUGUCAACUGUUGGUGACACUGUAAACAAACCCAGGAACGUGACAGUCAACGUGAAAAAAGUACGAUCGGGAUUGUUAUGCAUCCGUCUUCAAUGGGAGACUCCGACGAAAUGUAAGACACAAUUUUUCACAUCAGAAGAGACAAAAUUCAGUUAUUUGGCCGAAUUCAAAAUUGAAAACCAAAUGUGUCGGUACAAACUGAGCAUUGAUUUUAGUUUAAAGUCCGGGAAUAAAGUAAACUGUUCCGUCGAAUUGAAUCGGAUCGCCAACCGAAAAAAUGUUGAAGAAGAGAAUAAAUCGCGACCUUGCGCUGCUUCGAUAUUCAUAAAUGGAGAAGAAACGAGACAUAGGUUGAAUGAAGGUUGGACUUGGGAUCAAUGGAGUUUACCUGCGUUAAAUGGCAGCUUUGCGUGUCCAGAUGGGGCAGAUUUAACAGAAAUUACAUGGGAGACGAUAAAUCCAAACGAAUGGAAACCCUUGACUUGUCUUCUAUGGCUCGAGUUCGAAACCUUCGCUAUCGGAGAAAAGAAUGCUCUUAAACAACUGACUGAAUUGUUCGUCCAGCAGAAUCUUUGCGAUGUCCAGUUCAAUUUCGAAGACGAUCAACACAUUGGCGGGCAUUCACACAUACUGGUGGCCAGGAGUCCCGUCUUUGCCGCAAUGUUCCAGCACGAGAUGAAGGAGACGAAGACGGGCCAAGUCAGCAUUCAAGACAUCCAGCCAGACAUAUUCAAGCAGUUGCUUCACUUCAUUUACUCGGGCCGGCUUUCAUUGCCGCUGACUGAAACCUCUGCCAAGCGGCUGUUUGAAGCGGCCGACAAAUAUGACAUUGGUGAUUUGAAAGAAGAGUGUAUCGCUUUCCUGCUGACCUGCAUCAGGGUGAACAACGUGAUCAAUUUGAUGGCCUGGGCACAUAUUCAUUCAGUUGACCAGCUGACGGAAGAAACUCUCAAAUUCACGUCGUUCCAUGGGAAAGAAAUUUCAAAACAAAGAGACUGGGAGAACCUGACGAAAAAUUACCCUGAAGUCUGUCUUGAAGCUACUCGACGCAUUAUUGACCGAAUGUCACGGUCUUUUGAAAGCAAAUGCAACUGCCAAUCCGAACCGACUGUAAUGGACGAAUAAUUCUGGUUCCCUCAUUUGGACUGGGUGAUGGCGAAUAUUCCUCACAAGUUAUUUUGAUAUAAAAUUACAUUUUUUUCUCUGGAUAAAUUGUUAGAAACUGUUGCAUUGGUAAAAUUAAAAAAUUGUCAUCA